AUGUCCACUCCUCAGCCCCCCGCUCCUCCCUCUGCAGGCGCGCCCGGUGGCCCCUCUGGCGCCAUCGUCGCUGCCCUCACCGCCUCUGGCGGCUCUGAGAGCGCUGGCUUCCUCAACGAUAUCAUUGCCAACCUAUGGCCCAACAUCAGCAUCGUUGGCCGCGACAUGACCAAGUCGAUCGUCGAGCCCAUGUUCGCGAGCAUGCUCCCCUCGCCCCUUAACUCGCUGCACUUUGUCAAGAUUGAUCUCGGCAAGGUCCCCAUCAAGUUGGGCAACGUCGACACGCAUAAGAUGGCCAGCGGUGCCAUAAAGAUGGACCUCGACAUCGACUGGGAUGGCGAGUGUGACAUCGAGCUCGAUGGCAAGAUGAUUCCCAAGAUCGGCAUCGAGGCUAUCAAGCUCCACGGCCGCAUGAGCAUGCUCCUUGGGCCCGUCAUCAAUCAGAUUCCUCUCGUCGGUGCGGCCCAGGUAGCGUUUAUCAACCCCCCAUACAUCAAACUCAAGUACACAGAUGUGGCGGCGGUCGCCAACAUCGGCUUCAUCGAUCGCUCGAUCAACAACGUCAUCCAGAGUAUCCUCGCGGGUAUGAUGGUGCUGCCCAACCGUUUCCUCGUCAAGCUUGAUGCCAAGAACGACUGGUUCAGCACGUUCCAGUCCCCUCUGGGUAUUCUCAAGGUGACUGCCGAGAGCGCUUCCAACCUCGGCGCGGCCAAGGAGAGCAAGGGCUUCCUUGGCAAGUUAGUGCACGACGAGGUCGACUGCUUCGCCGACGUGACGCUCGGUGCCGAGAAGUGGCGCACCAAGACGAUAAACAACAACCGCCACCCAGAGUGGAACGAGACGCACGACUACCUCCUCUCUGACCACGACCAGGUCGUUACGGUAGAGGUCGUGGACGACGAUCAUGCCGGAGAUGACGCGAUUGGCAAGGCGAGCGUCACGGUCAAGGAGCUUCUCAUGAGCGGUGAUAGCCACGAAGUGAGCCUCAAGCUCGACGAUAAGCCCACGGAUGGCAAGGUCCGCAUCAGAGGCCACUUCAUGGCCCUCGUCGCCGACCCCGCUUCCCUCAGUAGCCAGGAGGAGGGCACGCACGGAGUGGUCUCCGUACUCAUCGCAUCGGCCUUCAACAUCAGCGGCAAGAGAGAGGAGCUCAAGCCCAGCAUCAAGGUCGUGUGGGGCGAUUCCAACUUCCGUACCGGCAUCAAGGCGGACGCGCCCGGCUCGGAUGUCCAGAAUCCCAGCUUCGACGUCGCGUACAAUAUUCCUCUCUCGAACAAGGUUACCGUGCGGGGCGCCGCGCCUGUGCGUCUCAUCCUCAUGGACGCCGAGAAGGAGCGCGGCUCCGUUGACAUUCCUCUUGACAAGGUGCUCAAUGCUCCUGGCAUGGCGGUCGCCGAGGACUACAAGCUCGCGGAUGGCACUGUAAUCCGCGCGGCGGUCGUCAUCCGCGGCACCAAGUCGGCCCACUAG